GGGUGGCCCAAGCUGGUUCAGUCAGCGAUCCGACGUCCGAGUCGCACCCACCCUUCCCGCGGCGCGCGCGUCCGCGCUUCCACCCCCGCCUCGCCUUUCGGCUGCAUUUCCGCCGCAGAAAUGGCAGAACAAUCUGGGUCGGAUGAGGAGGGAGAAGAUUGGCGGCUGGACUUUGGUUUUUGGAUCGGUAACAUUUCACUGGGUGUAUUGUUCGUCCUCCUUUACCGAUGCUUUCGUGUUUUCUUCGGACUUCUCCUAAAAUUUUACCGUCGCACGUUAGCGUGGCUAAACCCAAAGUAUGGGAGAAGGUUGGCGCUCUUACAGUGGAUUGAGAAGCGUGCAGGACGGAAGAUAUACGGGUUUUCGGAACUAUGGGAGAACCCCGAAUUAUUGAGCGUUGUUGUUGACAGCGUCAUCCCACAGGCGUACGAGGAAGGUGAAGGUGAAGAAGUCACCCGUCAUGCAGCUCUGCAGCAAAUCCAGUCAACUAUAUCGCGAUAUUUUGAAAUUCGACCCAUGUUCCUCGGGGAGGAGCUGAAGAGAUCCUGGGACCGAAAAAUCGAGAACAAGUUCAUUCGACUUUUACACUUAAUCAAAGCCUCGAUUGAGCGACUGGAGCGGACGACAAAGCAAGAGGACGCGAGUGAGUACGUUGCUCGAGGCAUGGGUCUCAUUACGGCGACCCAGGGGCACGCUGCGUUUUUUUACGUCUAUUCUCGACACGAACUUGAUUUCGAUGCAAUAUGCAUUUCAAUUGCGGGACCCAAUGGAGAUGCAGGAGAGAUCACCGUCAUCGGUUCACGAGAGGAUUCCAAGAACCACACGACCGGAAUCCACAUCAAGUAUGAAGUCAUCGCAAACGCAGGCUCGCUCCAAGACGGCGUCAAGAAGUGUCUGAAGGUGGUCUACACUCCUAAUCAAACUGGUUCGUAUCGUCUUGAUAUCUCAAAGCAUGGGUAUAUAAUUCUAGGAUCACCUUUCAAUAUCACGGUCGACCCCCCCAGCAGGAAGAUCCCAACGAGUAGCGCCACGCCGAAGUCGGAAACUCGAGUUAUAAACAGAAUAGUUGACUUUGUGAAUGAGAAAAUGCUACUCACGGAUAAAGGUGAGCUGAUUAAAAUUAGUUCUGAUUCCCAAUCUAGUUCCGCCCUGACUACACUAAAGACGAGGAUGAACGAGCAAAGUUCGGUAGCCUUAUCUUUAGCUAAAAUUCUUCAGAAGGAUGCCGCGAGGGAAGCCAAGCCUACUCCGGAGGUGUUCUUUGAGAUUUGCGAAUACAUCAUGAAGACAUGUCACUUCAUUUUACAAAACAGUUCAAGCAGUAGAGGCUUGCGUCUCAUUUCCGGUGCCAACAAAUGCAUCAGCCGUGAUUCACUGUUGCUGGACGAUGGAAUCAUAACAGAGGUGGCGCAUACGGAGCAAGAGAUGAAGAAGCUCCUAGAAGCGCGAGCUACUUUGGAAAACAAUUCAAUACAGAAUGAAAGUGUGAAGGAUCCUGAUGUUGCUUUCAUAGAUAAUUUGCUCGCGGCUGAUAACAGAGUGUCUUGUCAACGAAUAGAGCGUCGACGUAAGUUUGAGCGUCAUCGUCACUAUGAUGACGAUACAUCACAGGCGGAAAGCUUAGACGACGAUGUUUUCAGUUUUGAUGGCAACAGAAAUUCAUUUUUGAAGAGGCCCGCUUCGACUGAGAAUUAUUUGAACCCAGAUGUAAUUAUGAAUAGGUCGCAGCUAGUUACUCCUGAUAUUGUAUACGUAAAUUUGCUGGAAACAGAAGACCCUGUGAUUUGUCGUCAAAUGGACCCCACUGUAAAAUCCGCGCCGGUCUCUUUGAGUGGUGUACUGUCAUCAGAACAUUCUAUAACUAAAGCGAGAGAGUUUUUCAAGCAUAAUAAGGAAAUUAAAAAUAAAGUUACAGAUCUCGAAUCAAAUUUUUUUAAGUCAGUUGAAGAGUCUCUCGUAUCUGAUGAGUCAAAUUCUCUUUCUGAAGCAGAUGGGCUCUCGGUUAGUGAGCCUUCGACUGCUGAUCUCUCUUUUUUUGAGCAGCGAGAAGCAGCUGAUAUACUUAAAAAUACGGAAGCAUUUCGUGGGAAACCUUCAAAAAUUAUAAUAAGCAGACAGGAAAAUAUGUUUAAGCAAAUGGAUGACCAAUCAAGAUUGAAUACAUGUUCCAGAGUAAAAGAGAUAAAAAACGAAGAAAAAGAAACUGACGUUGCUCAGGAAGCCGCAGAAGAGUGUGCCGAAAAUGAAAUCGUCGAGUCAACUAAGGUCAACGUUUCGGUCCGCAAAAUAAUAAAUGAUUUUGAAAAAAUGUUGCAGGCUCAAAACGAGCAGGUUGAUGAUAUACUGAAUACUAUGUUGGACCAUCCAAGUGAUAAAACGCUCGUUCCGCAUCGAUCAGAUUGUGUCAAUGAAGAAGAUUAUCCCACCGGUAUUCAGGACUAUGAAAAAGUUGGACUUCACGCACCUACAACAUUGAUACAAAACCAGAAGACAACUACCGAAUCUCUUAAUGGUGCCAGUAGUAGCACAAGUUACUAUAUGUCUGAGGCUUUUGGUGCUUGUGACUCAGCCGAAAUAAUGAACAGCCUAAAAUUAGAAGAAUCUGAAACACUGAAACAAAAUACCCCUCAGUUAUGCACUGAAAAACAUAAAAAAAUUGAAAUCUUCCAUAAAAGUGUUUUUAAACAGCAUAUUGAAGAAAACAUUUCCGAUGAUGAUCGUGUAGAUGAUCCGUCGCAUCGUCUUAAACUUGAUGACAAUGAUGAUCAAGUAAGAUCAACUACAGAUGAGGUUGUUGACGGAGUGGUCAAAGACCAAGGAAAUGUGGACUCUUGUCAUCAAAGAGGAACAACACCAUUAAAUCCAAAUAAUGACCCUGAACUAAUAGCUGACGACAAUGGUGACAUACUCCAGAAUGACCUGCUAAACGCAAUAGUGGCCCCUUUUGAACGUCUAGAGCAAGAAGCGAGUGAGCAAGCUGUAGGCACUGUUCGAGAGGAAUUACUUCAGAUUGGAAAGACUUUGGUAGAGGCAUUGCUGAGGCAUCCGAUCCAGACAGACACGGUAAAAAAUGUCAUAAAACGUGUCUCUUUGCAAAAAAGUCUGAGUGCUGAAAGCGUUAAGAUAUUUUUAAGUUCCCUAGAUGAAAGCAAUCAUCAAAUCUUAUCGCGGCAAAAUGACGAAAUUUUGGAAUCAAUUCCUAGGAUUGUUAAUUCAGAAGUUGAAGGAGGAGCUGGACAAUGUGAAAUCUCAGAAAUAGAUUCUGAAGAAAAAUUAGGACCAAUGAUAGAUCAAUUUGAUUCAAAAUUUUCUUCGUCAAGUGAAAUCAGAAGAAAAAGCUUAGGUGUUGAAAAUUUAACCUCUUUAUCCAUGGAGACCUCAUUUGAUCCAGAUGACUUAUGGCGUGAGGCUUUUAACGAAGUAGAAAGACCAUUAAGUGAUGAUCAAAUGAAAAAUCAGCCGGUAGAUACUUACCACAAACAGUUCAAGAGUAAAGAGGAACCAUGCUCUGGGAUGGUCGUAUGUGAUACUAAAAGUGAAGACAAAUCAAUCUCCAGUAAGUUCAGCGUUAAUGAGAAGACUGAGGAACAGGAAUAUCUAGAAACUACAAGUGUUUCUUCCGCGAAUAAUUUGACUUCCGAAGAUCAGGAUUCCACGAGAAAAGCAAGUGAAAAAACUGUAAAUCUACCCAUUAGCAGCGUUCAAAAACUGCAACCCCAACAGGACCAGGCAGAGGAGGUUGCAUGCAACAUUAACUUGAUGUCAUUAACAUUAGAUGGACUACUCGUAUCAACAGAAGAAAGCCGAGUGACGAACGAAAUGGAGGUACUAUGCGUGGAUGAGUCUGUGCCGGAUAAUAGGGAAAAUUCAUCUUGUCCGGAGCAUAUUCCCAGUUUAUGUGAUCAAACUAUACCCAACGAAAAGUUGCAUGAAGAUAUCGCUGACAUUCAGUUGCUACGCAGUAAAGCAUCACUUGGUGAUACAGAAAAACAGGCUGAAUCAACGCUAAAUAUUAAUGCGAACCCCGAGAUCGAGUGUACUACUGUAACCAAAAGUUUAGCCUCGUGUCACAACGACAGUCUUCUCAAACAAGUCAAGACAGAAGUAAAUCCAUCGAUUAUUGAAGCCACUGUAUGUAUGCCAGAUAGAUGUCUAAUUGAUGGUACUUCGAAAUUUGUUCAAAAAGAUGAAGAUACUGCUUCGAAAAAUCACGGGUUGGACGAAAAUUGCAUAAAUGAACAAAAAAAUGAAUCAAAUGCCGUUGCAUUUUUAACAGAGCCGAUCACAUCUUGCGAUCGUUUAAAAGAGGAAACGGUCAGUCUCUCUACACCAUUCGGAGAAGAAGAGUUAGACUCUCCCAGUAGCAUGAGUAAAAUUGAACCUAACAAAGUUACUGAAUCUCCUCUUCCAGCAGAGGAAAAUAUAUCAAGGGAAAUUUUCACGUCUAACAUGUUCAAUGAAGAUAAGCGCGAUUGUAAUCUCAGAGAAUCCGACAGCAUGAUCACGCCGAUGUCGGUUGAAAUCAUAACUAAAAAUCUUGAUGAUGUGGCUAUUAUUUCUUCGAGAGGGAGUGGAACUGCUACAGAAGUUAUUCACAAUUCGAUUGCACUUGCGGGCACUUUUGAAGAGGAAAACAGGGAUCAGCUAUUGCAUUCUUGUCCCCCUAUCUUAUUAGAUCCUGAAAAUUGUGAUAGUUCAUCAAUAUCCUCGGUUGAUGACUGUAGAGAACUAGGUUCUGAGUCAAUAAACGACAGUAAAAACAACUUUGAUGAGACAGAGAUCCAACAAAAAAGCUAUCAAGAUGAUCCAAUUGUCGCAGUGACCCAGAGUAAGGAAUUAGAGGGUUCAGAUUCAGAUACAGGUACCUCUCAUAUCCCUGCGGUAACUCAAAAGAGAUCGGUAGAUUUGUCCAACGAUUUUCGGCCGCCGUUCAGCAAUUUUCCAUUUUACUGCGACGAAUCCGAUGAAUUUGGAAAAAUUAAGUGCAAACUAUGCUCUGAUCAGUGCAACGUAGAUCGUAAAAUUACCGCAUCUCUCCCCAUGAGUCCAGCCUCUGUCUCAAAAAUUAGAUGCAAACUUUGCAGUCAGCAAACUGUCGUGGAAUGUUCAUCGGGUGACCAAAACGUUCAAUCAGAUUCAAAAUCAGUUAGUUCACCCAUGUCAACCACACUUGACGAAAAGUCGAUGGAUCAGAAUGACCUAAUUAUCACGAGCACUACAAGUCCGGUAAGGGAUAAUAUUAUUCCAUUGCAUCACGAGUCUGAAUUAUGUUCGGAGGAAGCACAGGCGAAGGAAAAUCUUCACAACGAACGUAUCAACAUUCAGGAUGACGAUCAUGAGAGGUUGAAGGGAAACACAAACCAAAGUGAAAUCAGCCAAAAAGAAGUAUCAAAACCAGUUACUAAACGCAAUACAUACGAGAGAGAAGGGUUAGAUUUAACUUCUGUUAAAACUGAAGCAAGCGGCGCACAUCAGCAUUCCGACAAGAAUGUUAGGUACGCUAAAAAGGAUGAAUCAUUCAAUGAAGAGUUCAUUCUCUCCACGGUUCAAAAUACAGGGUGGGAAGAAGACAAUAGUUCAUCACAAAAUGAGAUCGUAUUACCAGAACCCGAUGGCACCUUAACGAAGGAUAUUUCAUGUCACAUUAGUGAGGAAGGGGGUUUGAGUUUGAGUGAAAGGAUUCAAGUCAGUGAUGGAUCAAAUGAGGAUCUAGCAGCCUCUGUUGGAGGUGCGAAUGAAGAAGAAGGUCCCCUACAAUUUUCUUCACGUCAAAAUACUGUUGUUAGUGUCACAAAGGAGGAAAUGAAACCUAUAAAUACAGCCGAGGAUUCCAUGUCGAAUGAAAAUCUAAGUACAAAUGAGAGUGGUUUGGAUGAAAUAGAUCCAGCGUUGGAUAUAUCACCAUGCACUAGUGUAAAACCAGCUGAAAAAUUAUCCAACGUCGAAGACAAGGCUCUUGCCUCCGACGAAUGUAUUGUCAAUGAACCAAUCUGCGAUCUUAAAUCAUCUCAAAUAUUUCAGACUGAGUCUACCUUACUGCCAAAAGAGGAGAGCAAUAUUACCCCAACAUCCUUGUCAUCUUGCAAUGAUAGUGCUAUUACGACAGAAAUGAUGUGUCACACUGUCGAACAUUGUCUAGAAUCUGAAUGUUCUAGUCCGAUGUCGGCUACCAACUUUCAAGACAUUACUGAAGAAUAUAAUUCUCAAGAUAUCCAUCAUCAGAAAUAUAAUGAUAGUGGAGCAAAGCACGAAACGAAGAUUAAUAUCAAUGUUUCAGAUGCAUCACCGAAUAAGAAUGUUGGAAUAUGUGCAACGGUUUUAGAUAGGGAUUCCCUCUUAGAUGCUGCAUUAAAUACUCAAACGGAAUCAGAGGAAAAAUUAUCAGAAAUCAGACAUCCAACAUCCGUGCCUGAGGAACAAAUAACAACUCAAAGGAGCGAUGACAUACGACCCUCUGGAAAUGAUACGUCAUCAGACAAAGACACAAGUAUAUUCGCUCAAAAAGACGCAUUAUCGGAACUUCAUGAUAUCGAUGCGCAGGAUGAAAUACGCAGCAUUGAUGGUAGAGAAAAUAGUACAAAGGUGGUGCAGGAAUCCAAUGAGAAGCUUCAUAUAAUCAAUGAACACGUUACCUCAGCUCACGUAAGUAUCAAUGAAACUUUUCUCUUACAAAAUACGGUUAAUGAAGCAACGUGCAAAAACCAGGAGGACCAAAAUGUUGAGAAUAAAUUCUCAGCUAGUGAUUCAGACAGAGAUGGAAAACCAGUAGGAAACACUUUGUUGGAUAUUGAAUCGAAUGUACAAGCCGAUUUAUCUGAAACAAAAUUAAAUAUUAAUUCGAAUGUACAGGCCGAUUUAUCCGAAACAAAAUUAGAUACAGAAAAAGUGACGCCCUUACCUUUGGAACCACCUACAUCUCAACACCUCUGUGAUUUCAGUUCAUUAACAGAGGUCGGCUCCUCGAAAUAUUCACAUUCUGUAGAGGAGCGGAGGAUUUUCUCCUCCGAUGAUUUUGUAAUAGUGCGUUCAAAAAAGUCGAAGUUUUCACCGUCUUCAGAGGAGCCGAGGAUUUUCUCUUCUGAUGACUUCGUGAUAGUCAGCUCAAAAAGUGCGAAACAUGCUAAAAGCAUGGUGGUGCCUGAGACAAAAAACAGUGAACAGUCUGCAUCACAAGCAAUAACUUCGGGAGAAAAGGAUACUUUGGACGAUAGAGAUUUGAAUGUUGUUUCCUCAGGGGAUUCCUCUGACACAAACUUUGAAUCUCACAUAAAUAUUUUGGUGCAUCCAAAUACCACUCCAACACACAAGUCAGCAGGAAUUGAUGAUAAAAAUAACAUUAACACGGAUAUAAUUGACAUUAAAGAUACCAAAAUGGAUGAAAACCAGGCGGAGAAUGUAAACAGAGAAAAUGAAGGUAAAGAGUCUUUAAACGUUUCAUCUCUCUCAGUCAUGGGAAUCAGCACAAUGGAAGAUCAUUUUAGCACAAAAGAAUUUUCAAAAGACGAGACAGAUCAAGAAGUACAAAAUACUCAAAGCACCGUCCACCCUCCCAACCCUGAUAAAUUCGUUUUACCCUCAAUCCAAAAGGUAGAAGCAAUAUCGAAUUCAACUGAGGAGAUUAAUUCAGGGGGUGCCAAAAAUUGCGGCCAGCUUGAUUUUAAAUUGGAUGACAUCGAGCUUAAUAGCACGGACGGAAUUUCGGUCGAAAAUAAAUACAAAAAUCAAGACAACGUACUCAAUUUGAAUUUUUCUGAGGAUCACAAAAACAUUGAUGAACUGGCAUUGAAGCAGAGUGAAAUUCACUCUGAUGUUAGUGAGAUAGAGUUCAAAAAUGUUCCAAAUACAGAGGACAGCGAUGCAGAAAUUGGUUCACGUGUUACUAAUACAGUUUCUGAUAGAACCGUGAUGUCUGAGAGUUCAAAAAAUAGCAACGUUCUCGAAAUUGAUGACUCCACGCACAACGAACGAAACAACUCAAUUUUUUCCAAAGAUAAGUCUUUCAUGGUUGAGCAUCAAUUAAUGUUUGAUUGUGUAAAUGAAUUCACUGAAGAAAUCAGAUUAGCCGAUCAUUUGACAGAUGUAAAUGAGAUCAAUGUCCUUCAAGAAGUUACAAAUACGCUUAUAAAUUUGGAUGGAAAUUGUCAAACUGAGGUAGCUGCAAAGUCCGAAGCGGCUGGAAUAGCAACGCAAGAAACGGAUAUUAUGAGAUCUGAAAGCUCUAGUCAACUAGCAUUGCAUGCUUUGAAUGAAACUUUUUGCAAGGAAGUGACUGACGACGACAAAAAUAAUGAAAAAGAAGGAACUAAUCUAGGAUCAUCAGAGAAUGAAAUGGAUAGUAAUGAUGCUUUAAUCAAGAAUAUGAUAUUUUCUAUUGUUUGCGAGGAAGAUUCUCCUGGCGAUGACCACAAUUCAACAAAUAUAGACCCUAUUAGUUUGACUAAAAAUAUCGGGUCAUCAUCUCUGAACUCAACCGACUCCAACUGGUUCUCUAGUGGAGGAGGUGAGGGUUUUGCUGAGUAUCAUAGUGACUCGAUCAUCAAUGAUAAUUGGUUGGAUGUCAAGACAGACAAGUUAAUAAGUUGGAGUCCGUAUGGACAAGCCUCACCAGAGACUUGCUCGGACUCGAUUCAAGUAAGUAAAGAAUUAGACUUUGAAUCAAUCAUAUCAGCUCCAAACUUGGAUAUGGCCUUGAGGAAACUUGAGCAAAAAAUUAACAACGCACAAAAGAGUGGAAUGGUCGUGAAAAGUGAAUCGAAAGAAAUCGAUACCACCAGAGAGAGCUUAAGUACAAAAUGUGAAAUCGAUAGCUACUCUCUGCCUAAUUUUGAAGCAUUUCCUGUGGAUGAUUCGGAAGAAUUUAGAACAAGUGGAUCCAAUGAACCACUUUUUGAUUGGAAAACCAUUAGUUCCAUGGGAGUAGCAGAGAGAGAAAUAUGGGGCUUACCGUUGGUGAUACCCCACGAAUUUGCUUCUGAUAACGUCAACUUAUCAAUACCGCAGCCAUGCACGAGAGUGUCACGACCUAGCUCUCCUAUUAUGGAUACAAUAACCGAAGUACAGGAGGAGCAAGAAGAGGAAACUUCGUCCCUACCAGUAAUUCAGUCUCAGACGUACUGUGCCGAAGUUUUACCUGUUAUAACAUUAACUCCAGAGCAUAGUGUGGAUGAGUUUGUAAUAGAAGCUGUUAUGGAUGAAAACAAACUAUUACCACUUGAUGACUCAAAAUUCCGAGAGGAUCUAAAGAUCUUGUCAGUAUUAGAUUACAUGAAUGUGGGUGUGGAAAAGGUGCCCACUUGUUACACCGAAAACUUUAAGGCUGAGCAAAAUAAUGAUGUACAAGACUUCAUCCCCCAUGAAUUGAGUGGCGAGAAUCCACCACCUCCACUUGAGACUACAAAAACUCAGGAGAUUGAAAUUAUACUCUACGACGAGAAAGAAGCGAUUAAUACCUGUAAGAGCCUGUUAAAAACAAGCAGCUUUCUUCAGUGUGAUAGGUUCGAUAACGCCACGGAUAAACAUACUGUUUCAACAAAAGUUUUGAUGAACCAAGAUUCCUCAACCGUUCAACCAUUUGAAUGCAAAUUACCAAGCAAUGAAACUUCAGAUGAUACGUGCAAUGCUUCAAGUGAGGAUCUUUCAGUGAAAUGCUCAAUAAACUUAGACUCAAGGGUAACUAUCUCCUCGGAAUACGAAGACCCAAAUGAAGUUGGAAAGUAUAAAUCAGAAGAAAAAAGUUAUCGAAUUAAAACCGAUGAAUGUUUCUUGGAGCCAGCUUUACACUCAGAUAACGAAGAUAAAAUAUCCGUAACUUUAAAAUGUGCAUUUGAUGCUGAUACCUCAGCAACAAAACUUGAGGAAAUUCCUGACAAUCAUAGCCAUAUUGGAUCGGACUUUCAUGAGAUUAAGUGUAAGUUCGAAAAAUCUGAGACUUUUAGCAGACCGCAGUCGCCAAGAAUGGCUCUACUGGAAGAGAUACAGAGUAUUGGUAAACGAGUUGUAGAAGAUAAGAUCAAACAAUUUGAUAAAUGCGAAUCUAGAUACAAAGAGUCUGAAAAUCCGUCAAAUGAUUCUGGAACCGAUGGUAUCUGUGGCAGAUUGGAACCUACAACCCUUCAGGGACAGUUUUUUUCUGAGUCUCAAAAGACAGUGUCUGUACCCACUCAAGAAAAAACUACCACAAUAAAAGAGAAAAAAGAAAAAAUGAAUGAACAUAUCGCCGCACAAAACAAAGAAACUGAGAACAAUCGAUCCAAUCUCGUUUCUUUUUGGAAAAUGUAUUGGGAUAAAAUUGUUGAGGAAAAUCAGCAUAAUGAAUGUUCCCAACCAAGUCAAAUUGGCAUUAAACAUUCUGCAAAAGGAAUCAAAACAACUCCCGUCUUGCUCGCUAGAGAAUGUGAGCUUUUAGGCUCUGUUGAAGAUACAAUCGAAGAGGAAAAAAAUUAUUCUUGCGCAGAUACAGAGGACGCAUCUGAAAUUAAUAUGAAAAAAUUAAAUAUUAUUGACAGGAUUAGACUAUUUGAAAAUUUUGUAAAUACGAUGAAUUUGGAAGAAAACAAUAGAUCUGCACAUGAGCGUGAUAUCCUAAACGCUACCUUUCCCCAAGGAGAUGGCGAAGAAACCGAGAAUUUCACCUCUGAAAGUAAAGAAAUAAAUAUUCAAGAUGACGAAAACACUAAGUGCCAUACCGGGGAAUUUAAAGAUACGAAGAGAUUUGAACUAGAAAGGAAUAAAAGCUUCCAAAAUCGGUUCAUUAAAGCGCGAGAAUUUUUCGAACUUCUUGAAAAACAUUCAUCAAGCCGAGGAGCAAGAUCUAUUCCCAACGAAACUCAGAGGACUCUAUUUGAGCGAUCAUUGCCCUGUGGCUUGGAGAAGAAAAAUCGUAUGGAAUUUCGGAAGAAAAAGAGGAAAAGGAAGUCGAGUAGGCGCCAACUAGAAAAAGGUUUUAUCCAAUCUGCACCGACAUCGGACUCAGAGACACCUCCACACUAUUCGUACCAAAUGUGGGGGAGUGAGCGACUAGGACAGAAAGUCGUCGAGAGAAUACACAUCAAAGACUUGUUUGAAGAUGUUUACAACGAGACUGAUCGAACUGGACUGUUUCGAGGAGGUGUUCCCAAUAAAAAAGCUGUGCUAGCGUCACUUCGAUCCAUAGAUCAUUUGCCAGAGGGAGUCAUUGAAAUGACUCAAAAUGACGAGGACGACAUCAUGAAUCGAGACUUAUUCUUUCUGUCAGAACCAGAUAAAAUUUCAAAAGUACCACGUGGCUAUCAGAACGUUUAUCCAUGGAUUCCAACCACCCCGAUACAUCAAUAUAGAUCAAGACCUUGCGCUGAACAUAAUCUCAUACCUCGAAAUGCAUUGCUUCAAAUUUUAAAUGAGGAUUAAGAACAAUUUCUAUGAGAGAUGGUCUUUCUAUUUUCAGGGAAUAAGCAGGAAAUAAUAAUCCCGUUUACCUCAUGAAAUUAUUGGUUUUCGGUAAAGAUAAAUUUUAAGAGUUUUGAAAAUGUAAGUCAUAUUUCUAUUAUUUCUCGGACUUUCAUUGCAACUGUGAAAUUUAUCACUGGCCUUAUGUAGGAAUGAAUGGUUGUGAAUGUUGAAGAAGUUGAUGAAUUAUAAUCACAAAUACUUGGCUAUUAGAAAUCAUCAUUGGCUCGUUAUGUCAUUAAUACCUCAUAGAGUAAGAUUCGAAUUGGAAAAAUGUGUUUACAUUUAUUAAUACAUUCUAUUAACUGACUAGUCGUAAUAACCAGUGAAAUCGUUAUCUUCGAUUCACUUUCAGUGAAGACUUGCAGAAAAAAAUGGAGGAAUAAACACCUCAGUGUGCUUAUGAAAGUUUUCUCCUCCUGAAUGUCGUGUAUAGAUUGGCAUGUUCUGGCGGAGGACUCCAUGUACUUUUAUUCUUUACCGCAAGUCUUCUUGCAAUAUCUUGUUUUACAUCUAUACAAUUUAAAUGCCGCUCUCCGGAACUUUUUGUACAUGAUCAUUUUUGCCUCUUUUUAACUUCAGUUUUUAGAAAGAAAGUACUCAUGAUCAUGCAGAAGAAAUUCUGUAUAGUAAAAUUAUCUCUAUAAAGAGCACCACUGCACCACCCUCAAAAGUUUCUUUUUUUCUCAUAGUUACCAGUAUUAGAGAUGUUUUUAUAUCAUUUUCAAUUUAUUUGCGUGUUUUAAUUGGCGACGGAAACUAAUCACGAAGUUGAAACACAGCUCUAAACUAUUUAUAAUUGCUGCAAAUAUGUUGAUGGAAUUUUUGUGCUUCUCAAUUCGGGGGCAAAUCUUCAACUUUGUGAUGAUUUUAUUUUUGUGUGAAUUCUUUGUAAAAUUUAGAUUAUUAUUUUUUUCAAUACAGAGAGAACCAUGAAUUUGUUUUACAAAAACUGCAAA